AUGUCCGCCAAAAACACCAAACUCGCCCCCGAACACACCCCGUACCACGGCACCCCUCGCAGCUCCUCCAUGCCCUGCGCAGCAGCAGCAGCAGCAGCAGCAGCAGCGGCAGCAGCAGCAGCGGCAGCAGCAGCAGCGGCAGCAGCGGCGGCGAAUUGGGAGUGGGAGCUGCACAAACAAAGGCAGCAAAUCCCUCAGCAGGAGCAACAACAAUACAAACAACAACGCCAGCAGCAGCAGCAGCAGCAACAGCAGCAACAGCAGCAGCAACAGCAGCAGCAAGUGCCUCACCCCUCCGACGCUGGCAGGGUGAGAGACAGAACCUGGAAAAGUGAAGAAGAGGCAGCAGCACCAAAUGCGCACCACCAGGGCCACCAGCACUGA